CGCCCGCUCCCCCCUCCCCCUGAGUGCCCCUCUGGCUGCACCGCGCUCGCUCAGAUCUCCAGCUCCUGCUCAGCUAGCACCGCCAUCGUCUCCUUGCCGCCAUCAUGAUCAUCUACCGGGACCUCAUCAGCCGCGAUGAGCUGUUCUCCGACAUCUACAAAAUCCGGGAGAUCGCGGACGGACUGUGCCUGGAGGUGGAGGGGAAGAUGGUCAGUAGGACGGAGGGUAACAUUGAUGACUCGCUCAUUGGUGGAAAUGCCUCUGCUGAAGGCACCGAUUGUGAAGGAACCGAAAGUACAGUAAUCACUGGUGUUGACAUCGUCAUGAACCAUCACUUGCAGGAAACCAGCUUCACAAAAGAAGCCUACAAGAAGUACAUCAGGUAUUACAUGGAAUCAAUCAAAGGCAAACUUGAAGAACAGAAGCCAGAAAGAGUAAAACCUUUUAUGACAGGGGCUGCAGAACAGAUCAAGCACAUCCUUGCUAAUUUCAAAAACUACCAGUUCUUUAUUGGUGAAAACAUGGAUCCAGAUGGCAUGGUUGCUCUGCUGAACUACCGUGAGGAUGGUGUGACUCCAUACAUGAUUUUCUUUAAGGAUGGUUUAGAAAUGAAGAAAUGUUAACAAAUUUGGCACUUCUUUGGAUCCAUCACCUGUCAUCUUAUCUGGCUGCUGCUUUUCAUCACCACACCAGAACUUAGACAAAUGGGACUGAGAUACCAUCUUGAGCUCUCCAUUUUAAUUUUGACCUUCAUUUAUUUGGAGUGGAGGCAUUUUUUAAAGGGAAAAUAUGUCAUACGUUGUCUAAAAAUAAAAUGCAUUUAAACU